GCUCUUGCUUUUCAGACACACUUGUUCGAGCCUUUGCUAUUCACACUUAGCUAUGAUACAGUUCGAGAUACGGAUAUUUAAUCGCCCCUGAUAUGGGUAGCUGACACCUUGCUCCAUCAAAGAGGCCUACUGCUGGUCCCCUAUCUGUCAUCGUUAGCCGACAAGUGAAGUCCAGCUGAUGAUGCUGAAGAUGACAGAGGGAUCCCUGACUGAGUUUCUGGAAGCUUCCGCUAACGGGGACCUGGAGAGACUGAGACUAAUUGCCUCCCAUGCAGAGCCCGGGUACAUAAACUAUCAGCGUCCACAGAGCGGAGAUACGGCUCUAAUCCUGGCCGCCGAAGGAAACUUCUCAGAGGUUGUCAGCUUUCUGCUGGAGCACGGCGCCGACGUAACCCUGUGCAACGUCAGUAAUCAGACAGCUGCGCAUGUGGCUAAGGAGGAGAUCCAAAGACAGCUUCUCUCUGCUCUAUUGAGGACCUCCUUCCCUCAUUUGAGGCUGACACAAGCGGCGUGGCAAGGAGAUCUGGAGGCUGUUCAGUACCUGCUGUCUGCAGAGCCAGUGAUGGAUGUAAAUAUGCCAAAUCAGCAGGGUCUGACACCUCUAAUGUUAGCAGUGCGUGACGAAGACCUGUUUGAUAAACUGAAUGUAGUCUAUAGACCAUUAGACAUAUUGGCGGAACUUCUAAAACACAACGCGGAUCCUCGGAUCUGUGAUUUUAAUGGGAAAUCUGCUCUGUGCUACGCAUCAGGAGUUAAAAGCCCUCGAAGGCAACAGCUGAUAGAUGCCCUCGAAGUGGGUUUAUCUAAGCCAGAUGCAGAAGAUCAGGCCUUCUGUGGCUUUUGUCCUGACACAAAGCAUCCUUUAUUAGACAACCCUACAAGUAACAGAGAGCAGAUCAGUCUUGCAGCCCAGCUCGGCGGUCCAGGCUCCGAGCUUAAUGAAGACGAAAACUACAUUAGGGCAGAAAAGGAAGAUAUUGGUAACAUGAAAUCUAAUUCCAGGAAUAACAACAAAACAGAUUUUAGGAUCAUGAGUGACCUUCAAAGAGGAGCUCAAGCUGCUCAAGACAUGGAGAAGCUCUACAAAGAGUGUGAAAUGCAGAAAACACUACUAUCAAGAUACUGGCUCACCGAACCUCUGCCAAAAGCUGCGGUCUCGAAGGGCAACAACAAGCUUGAUACAUUGUAUCCUCCCUCCUGCAGGAAGACAGAUGACAUCUCUGAGAAGAUGAAGGGUUUGGGACUGGGUUAUCUACUGCAGGGAUCGCGAUCGGAGCCCAACAUCUUGCAGACUCUGGGAACAAACCCACUUACAGAUAUACUGGACAUCAAACAGAAUAUAUUCCAAAGGCUAACGUCACCUGACACCGAAAGAACCAGAACCAUGAGGGGUCCUUCUUCUCUGUGCCAGUCUCCUCGCUGUGUCCGACUAAGUCCACUGCAAAAAAGCAGAGCCAAAACAAUGGAUGAAAUUAAAGUCACCAACGCUGUGCCAACCUUUUUGAGAAGUUCUGAAUCUUUUUUAGAAUCCCCGGCACUAGAGUUGUCCAGCUCUCACGGUGAUUCUCAUAAAUCAGCACAAGCACGCAACCCAGAUGACAUGUCUAAAGAGCUCAUUUACAUCAGCAUUGGAGAGAGUAUGAUUAUCUCAGAAAGUUUGGAACAUAAUAAUAGUGGUAGAUCAUGUCAAAUGUCUUUAUCGGUGGAUGAGAAAUUCAACCAGUCACUCAUUUCUGAAGGAUAUUUUAUGGACACAAUUGCUGGACCUGGGGAAUCCACUGAAAAAGUGUUGGCAAAUGAAGAUGAAAUUAUAUGCAAAGAAAUAGUCCUUGAGGAACAAAUGGUUGAUUCUGGUCAUCUACCUAUUUACAAAGAAAACAGAGCAGAUGAAAUAUUUGAUAAUUACAAAACAAAACUUGAUAGCCAACCAAUUGAUGGGAAAGGUGUUUUAAAGGAGACAACAGAACCCGAUUUUCUGAGAACACCAAGACAGGAUCUUGUAGGUUUUGUGCAUAUUACCUUCUCUGAACCUGAAUCUCCAAAAGAGCAGAGGUCUUCUUCAGCUAAGCAAUCUCAGAAAAAGAGAAGGUGGAACAGAAGUAGUGUGCCCCAUAAUGUUAACCACAGUUUUAACAUAAUUGCCCAAAAGGAGAAUGAGAGAACAAAGAAAAAUAAAAAGAUUAGAAAUAAAUCUGCGUCAGAUGUCUUCUUGAAGAACCAACAGAGACCUCUUUCAAACCACAAGAAAACCAGCUUAAAGAAUAUAUCUGUUUCUUCUAUGGAAUUUAUGGCUACUAGUCCAACUAAUUCCAAAAACUUUAGAAAAGCCCACCAUCUAGAGAACAUUAACUUGGACAAAAAUAGCAAACGUUCUUACACACAUUUAGCACUCUAUACACCAAUUAAAGUAUCAAAGCCAUGUGUCGCCAGAGCAAACACAGCCCCAGAUUUUCAGAAUAUAAAGUAUCCUGACAUGUUUGUGCAAAUGAAUCCACAAAAUGAAGGUCCAGGUAUCUAUCAAAUGUUUGAGACAUCAUUUUACUCCAGUGGCAAAGAGUUGUCUACAGAAGACAGUAAUUUGUGUAGAGAGUCUACUUCAUCAACUAGAAGCCUUGUGUCCAAAAGUGUUAGGUCUCUCAGUGCCAAUGACAGCAAAACAAAAAUACAGAAAAAAGCUCAAUCCAGAAACAAGAAGAGUUCUUCUGCUUUAACUCAGAAGCGCAAAAGCUCUUUGACUAAAGAGAAGGCCGUGACAGAUGUUCUAAAUAAAAUUGAAGAUAAUGUGGUGAUCAUUUCUGGAACAGAUUGGCAUAUUGAAGCAAUAAAACACAACGAUUUUAAUACAAAUAAUGAUGUAAUACCUACAGAGAAUGGUCGACAAAAUAAAUAUUCAGAUUUAUCCAUAAUUAAAGAGGCUACAAUAGAAGGUUCGUUAAGUAUAAAUGGGAGCUCUCAUGCACAAUUUGCUCAGAUGGUUAUCGAAAUUAGUAAAGGUUUUGAUGAAAAGAUUGCCCAGCAUGAGCAUUCAAAACCCAAAGAAGUGCCCAAAGAUGAAAGUGGUCAACAAGGAAUAGUUCUGUCCAGCGGAAGCCUUACAAAAUACAAUAAGGAUGGUCAAAAUGAUCAAAUAUUAAGAACAAAAGACUUACCCCAAAAUGAUGAAGACCUCAUCGAUAUAAAUGAUGAGAAACCGACUGAUUUAAUUAGACAGGUGUACACUGAAGUUCGAGAAGAAAAUGCUUUUAACAAACUAAAAAACGCAAGCCACAAUAUCCACAUGGAAAAUACUCUAAAAGAUAACUUGAUGGAAAAUGAAGGUGAUCCAGAACACACAAUCAUGGUUUCUGAAACUGAUGAUGAGGAUAUCAGCACCGAUACAGAGAGUGAACAGACAGAUGAACUUCUCUCACAACUAGCACAAAAAAUGAUAUCCCUUGAUGAAAAAGAGUCAAGCUUAUACAGAACAUUGACAAAUGCACAGGUAGCAUUUGAAACAUUAAGGUCCCAUAGCCAAAAUGCUGACCUUGAAGAAGAAAUUUCAAGCGUGAAAGAGGGCAACAAAAAAGAAAGUCUAAACUCUAACACCAACAAUUUAAACCCUACUGAAGAUAUUGGUGAAUACAGCCAGCAUGUCGAUGGAAUAACUUGGAUCAAGGGAGAAGUGUUGGGCAAAGGAGCAUAUGGAACGGUAUAUUGCGGUCUGACUAGUCAAGGAGAAUUAAUAGCUGCCAAACAAGUUGUUUUAGAUGCAUCGGACCAUGUAACUGCUGAGAAGGAAUAUAAAAAACUCCAGGAGGAAGUGGAACUCCUGAAAGUGCUAAAACACGCAAACAUUGUUGGAUAUUUGGGGACUUGUCUACAAGACAACAUCGUGACUAUUUUCAUGGAGUUUGUACCUGGAGGCUCAAUAUCUAGCAUACUGAAACGAUUUGGACCGUUACAUGAAAUUGUAAUUAGUAGAUAUACGAAGCACAUCUUGCAAGGUAUUGCCUAUCUUCACAACAAUAGGGUCAUCCACAGAGACAUUAAGGGAAAUAACGUCAUGCUAAUGCCAAACGGUGUUCUAAAACUCAUUGAUUUUGGAUGUGCAAAACGCCUGACUCGUUUGAGUAUGAGUGGGACUCGAAGCGAGGUGUUAAUAUCUAUGCACGGAACACCUUUCUGGAUGGCUCCAGAAGUAAUCAACGAAUCUGGACAUGGAGAGAAAUCCGAUAUUUGGAGUAUUGGCUGCACAGUGUUUGAAAUGGCAACAGGAAAACCACCCCUGGCUCACAUGCACAAGAUGGCUGCAAUGUAUUACAUAGGAGCAAAUAAAGGACUCAUGCCUACUUUACCAGACCAUUUUUCAAAAAGGGCGAGAGACUUUGUGGAUUUAUGCUUAACUAGGGACCAAGGCGAGCGUCCUUCUGCGGAAAAGCUUCUGCAACACUCGUUUAUCAAGAGGAGAUAAGUUAAAAGGACUACUCGUGCCAAAAUGAUCUUUUCAGACCAAACAAAAAAAAUAAAAAUAUUUUCCAGGAACAAAAUUUAGAUUCACCAUCACAUAUCAUUCUAAUCUUAUAUUAUACAAUUGUAGAUUGUACAAUAAACUUUUUA